AUGUGGGAUGACUUAUCUCGUCUCUUUCAUGACAGAUUUUUCCAAGCAUCGCGAGCAGCUGAACUUAGGAGAGACAUAGUGGGAAUUCGCCAAAUAGAGAGUCAAUCACUCUACGACUAUUGGGAGUGGUACAAAAAACUGUGUGCAAGUUGUCCUAAACACGGUUUGACCGAGCAAUCACUUCUUCAGUAUUUCUACGAGGGUUUGCUCCAAAUGGAAAUGAAGAUGAUUGACACUGCUAGUGGAAGGGCGCUUGUCAAUAUGACUCCUCAAAGGGCAAGAGAACUGAUAUCCACCAUGGAGGCAAACUCUAAACAGUAUCGGCCGAAUUCAGAACCCACAAGACGGGUUAAUGGGGUAAACGUUUCAUCCUUAGAAGAUAAAUUGGAUAAGCUUACUAAUAUUGUUCAAUCUAUGCUUACGAAAAAGAAGAAUCUGACCCAACUAUGUGGAAUUUGUAUUACGUCUGAACAUCCGAUGGAUUUGUGCCCAAUCCUUAACGACAAUUCAACGGAACAUGUUGACGCUAUCGGAGGUUUUUCGGGACCUCUGCAAAGACGCUAUGAUCAUUUCUCCAACACCUACAAUCUCGAGUGGAAGGAUCAUCCCAACUUGUAUUAUGGAGCUAAUCCCCGAUAUAACUUGUCAUACCAAUCGAGACCUCCGCAACCACCACUCAAGCCGAGCACACCUCUAGAAGCUAUUGUGGAAAGACUUACCAUAGAGCCGAAUCCUCGGCAGAAUGCAAGUGCAAUAACUCUUCGUAGCGAAAAAGUUCUGGACACAGUUUCAGAUAAAAGUCAUGGGCAAGACAAGGAACGGGAAAAACAGAUCUCUGAUCUAAUAGCCAGACUAGAAUUAGAAAUUCAGAAACCAUUCGUGAUGCCACCUCCUUUUCUAGGGAGGCUCGCAAAGGAUAAGAAAGAGAAUGAGGAAAAAAAAUCCUCGAAACAUUCAGGAAGCAAGAGGAGGUUAAUAGGUAACGAAAGAGUAAAUGUAGGAGAAAAUGUCUCUGCAAUACUGCAAAAGAAAGUUCCGCCCACAUACAAGGACCAAGGUCCUUUGAAAAAGACAGGAGUAAUUAUCCAGUUGGCGGACAGGUCAGUCGUCUAUCCUGAAGGGUUACUUGAAGACGUCCUUGUUAAAGUUAACGAAUUAGUUUUCCCUGUAGACAUCUAUAUUAUUAAUAUGGAGGAUGAUAACUCAACUAAAUUGUCUGACAUUUUGCUUGGAAGGCCAUUCCUAAGUACCGCAAGCGCAAAAAUUGACGUUCGGAGUGGAACACUGACAAUGGAGUUUGAUGGCGAAAUCGUGAAAUUCAAUGUCUACGAAGCUAUGAGUCAUCCAAAAUCACUAUGA